CCAAUUGAACUUCUUCCCACGGACCUCGCCCGCAUCUUUUCGCACGCCCACCCAGCGCUGCUCCUGUCCGCAUACGCCCUGCGCUUCCAAGCUCUGGUAGCAGAUCCCACCACGACGCUCCUGAACACUCUCCUACCCCUCGCCGUUCUUCAGACCAGCUAUGCAAUCCUCUGCCUGCCCGCCACCGGCUCGAGUACCAAGCCUGCAAAAAAACCAAAGCCUGGCGCGAAGAAGACGAACGACGCUACUUCCUCGUCGAAGUUUUUGACUGUAUUCUUUGCCCUUCUUGGGGCCCUCCUCUCCGUGCCCGUCCUCACCGCCGCCCAAGUCCUCCUCGGCGCUCCAGUCACGACACACGUCCCGCAAACGGUCCUCAGCUCGGCACACCUAGCUCUCCUGGCCGUCUUCCCGCUCAUCUAUGUGCAUGGACUAGAGGGCAAGAAGUGGAGGGAGAUAAUCUCGGCGUACAGCCCUAUCGACGAGAUCUUCGGGGGCGCCGCGGGCUGCUUCCUUGGGGCCUGGCUGGGAGCCGUCCCGAUUCCGCUGGAUUGGGAUCGGGAGUGGCAGAAGUGGCCGGUGACCAUCGUCACGGGUGCGUAUUUGGGAUAUGUGGUGGGGAAGCUGGUCGGUGGGAAGCUGUUGAAGGGGAAGCGGAUU